AUGAACGAAAACUGGAUGGUAGCAAGAAAUGGAACGAAUGGGGCAACGGUCACAGCAGUGGACGAUGACUUUUAUGGUGAUGACGAAGAUCUCGCAAUAACGCCUCCACCAGCCCCGGUGGAUAAUAUCCCAGAAGAAGAAGCUGAGCAUGAACGACGAAUGCUGAAUAUGUCAGCAUCAAACAGUAUUGCUCUCUCACAACUUCAGAAUGAAAUUCGAAAGAUGAGAGAUGAGAAAACUGAACAAAUCGGACAUAUUGAAUAUCUGAAAUUUAAGAAAUCCUACGAGCAAAAGCUGAACGAUGAAAGACGGAGACACGAACAUGUGGAGGAAGAUUUACGAAGCGAACUUACGUGUCAGGAACAAGAAAUGAGCAGUAGGCAAUUUCGCGAGAGAUUCAACACUUCUGCGAUGACAACUCCAUCGGACGAUCCUCAUCAACAUCACCAACAACAGUCUCAGGAGGCAGUAAACAGUAACAACAACAACGUGUCUGUUGAACAGAGUUCACCAGCAAUGCUUCCAACCAAGAAAGUGAUCUGGAAUGCGCGACGGUCAGGUGCUAAAUUUCCGAGAACGCUGAACGAUAUGCAUAAUGUCGCGUCGUUGUUCUCUCAUCGGAAACGGCCUUAUGGUGAGACUCAAGCAACCUUCCAGACGGUACCUAGCCCUAUGAAAGAUCCAUACCAAAGACCUGAUUAUUUCUAUGAUAUUAAACGGAAACGGCCAACUGCAGCCGUUGCAGAAACACCUUUGAAUUGGGAGAGUGAUGAUGAUUGGAGGAAUUGUGUAGAUGGUGAACGAAGGGAGUCAGUAACGAAGCAAGCCAUGGAUACGGGGACACAAACAUCGACUGAGAAUCAUUAUGAUGUAUCGGUGUGCGUGAACGAUAAGAACUUAAUGGAUGUAACAUAUGCGCUUCAAGACAGUUUGAUGGAUGAACAGUUCUGGUAUUUGGAUGUUAUCAGGACAAUCCGUUAUGCGUCUGGAUGCAACGGCAAUAGUCAUAUUCCUCUUCGAGAACGUUUUUCACCUCACUGA